AUGGCUUUCAAGAACGGACUUAGUGAACGCCUCGACGAGCUGCGAUUCCCUUCUCCUCGGUCGCCGUCGUCGGAGUCUACCUUCCCCGGUUACAAUUCGCUGUCCCCGGGCCAGUCGGGCUUUGUGUCUGCCUUCUCACGGCCCUCGGGCGAUGUCCGCGCCAACCUCCAGCGUCGCUUUACUACGGACUCCAGCAAGCUGUCAUCUUGGAAUUAUUUGAACCACGUUGGAAAUGCUACCGCUCCAGUUCCGGACCCUGUGGAUUUACUAUCCUCGCUCUAUGCCACUUGCUGCAGUUAUCCCCGUAGCUUCACCUCACCCUCACCUCCAUCCCUAAUCUUCGAGAAGAAGCGUCAACAUAUCGAGUACAUGCGCGAACAGCGUCGCAGGUUUGAGGAGGAUAUGAAGAUGCUGGACCUCCAACACGAACGAGAGAAAAUGGAGAUGGACCAGAUCGCCAAGGAUCUGGCAAAGGCUGGUCUCUCUGGCCCAGUCAGCGAGCCCACGACUCCUCCAGAGUAUCGUGAGAAUGGAUUCACGGGUGGCUUCACUCGUCCAACUCGAUUCUCCACUUCCAGCGUCACCUCUUCGCCUGGCUUCUUCAAUGUCUUCGCCCCUUCUCAGGUGACAAGCCCACCCGGACAGAUCAAUCACAGCUCCUCCCAGACUCCCACCAAUCGGUUCUCGGUGCAUUCUGUCCCUGGAUCUCGCAGGAACUCCGAAAAGGAGGACUUUAACCAGGAACCUACUUCUCCAUUCCGCCCUGGGCCUUCUAUUCAUCGCUACUCGAUGCCUUCGGCUGGACUGGGAUCCCAACUUCGCCCCAACAUCUCUGGAUUUACCAACAACUCAUCUGGUCUGGAUUCAUUCAACGCGGCGAAAUAUCUCUUCCACAACGAAGACGACCGCGCUACCUUGAAGGACGAGGACCGCAUUCCCACUCCGGAUAUCAAAAGCUACCUGAAGCUCACGGAUCCAGACGACAAGUUCCCCACUCUCUCGCGUCGAGACGAUUCGGGACUGCUGUCUGCGAACUCGGACGCAUUGGACCUGGCCAAUUCCCGCACUCCCAACCCAGAGACUUGGAGCUCCCACAGCCGUCACCGUACCUCGCACCAAAGCAUGCCUCAGAACGCUCUGAACAUGUUCCGCCUGGAGCAACUGGGAAGUCCCAACGGCGAAAGCCACACUAAUGGGGUCCGGCAUUCCGCUCGACACUCUCUAGAGGCGAACUUGGUCUACAGCAGCGAGGGAGCCCAUGAGAACAUGCCCGCUACUUCGUCUGGUCGUCCCACGUCUCUGCAAUCCUCCUACUCGACCAAUGAUCUUCCCACUGUGAAGGGCGACGGGUUCAAUCCUGCGAUCACGCCCCCCAAGACCCAUGCAGAGCAAUUUCACCAGCACAACGCCAGCCUCGGUCGCAUCCCCGCCAACGCGGUCAACAAUCGUCAGAGGGAUUCGCCGGACCGUGACGAUGCCGCCUUCCAAACCGCUCGCUCUCAGCAGACCACCUUGCAGGCUAAUGCUGCACCUUUUGGACCGCAGCUUACCUCUACCGCUUCUGGCACUUCUGCGGCCGCGCCUGCUUCUAUCAGCGGAUUCCAGCCUCCGUUCUAUCCCUAUGGGAUCCAGGCAUACAUGGGAACUCCUGUGCAGACCAAUGGACAAUACCCGGCCCCUCCUUAUGGCGCCUACCCCCCGUAUGGAAACUACAGGCUUGCCGAAACCCCUACCAAGGGGGUUACCUCUCGUAGGAGUGUCGAUGGAGAGGCUUCCCAGCUCUCGCGCUUUACUAAUUUCCCCCUUGAGCACUACCGCGGCGAGUUGUAUGGCCUUUGCAAGGACCAGCACGGUUGUAGGUACUUGCAGCGCAAGUUGGAGGAGCGCAACGCAGAGCAUGUGCAAAUGAUCUUCGAGGAGACUCACCUUCACGUGGUUGAGCUCAUGACAGAUCCUUUCGGCAAUUACCUCUGUCAGAAGCUGCUUGAGUACUCCAACGACGAACAGCGCACGACUCUGAUCAACAAUGCUGCUCAUCAACUAGUUAAGAUCGCCCUCAAUCAGCAUGGUACUCGGGCUUUGCAAAAGAUGAUCGAGUUCAUCUCCACCCCCGAGCAGACCACGACGGUGAUUCAAUCGCUUCAGGACCACGUUGUGGAAUUGGUUCAGGAUUUGAAUGGCAACCACGUGAUCCAGAAGUGUCUUAACCGCCUGUCCGCUGAGGAUGCUCAGUUCAUUUACGAUGCAGUCGGUGCCAACUGCGUGGUUGUCGGUACUCAUCGUCACGGUUGUUGUGUACUCCAGCGUUGCAUUGACCACGCCUCGGGUGAGCAACGAGCUCGCCUGAUCGCCCAGAUCACUUCCAAUGCGUUCGCCCUCGUUCAGGAUCCCUUCGGUAACUAUGUCGUUCAGUACAUCUUGGACCUUGCUGAACCACACUUUACUGAACCGCUCUGCCAAACCUUCCGUGGAAACAUCCCGGCUCUCUCGAAGCAGAAAUUCAGCUCUAACGUGAUCGAGAAAUGCCUGCGCACGGCCGAUGUCCAGAUCCGUCGCCAGAUGAUUGAUGAGAUGCUGGCAGGCAAUGAGCUUGAGAAGAUGCUCCGUGAUUCUUUCGCCAACUACGUCGUGCAAACUGCCAUGGAUUUUGCCGAUGCAGACACCCGGACUCGGAUUGUCGAGUGCAUUCGUCCGAUCCUGCCAUCCAUUCGCCAGACCCCCCAUGGUCGUCGUAUUGCUGGGAAGAUGAUGGCCUCCGAAGGCUCCGGUAGAGGGAGUGCUACCACCAGUGGACAGGCGACGCCCAAUGAGAUGAAUUCCGCGCAACUCCCAGGACCUCUACAGGGCACUCAAAAGCCUUUCUUGUACCAACACAAUUCCUUCCCUCUUGGUGCUCAGUUUGGGGCUCAGAACUUUGUGUCUGCAUCGGGCACAGGCUCCGCCACCAACACCCCCUCCGGUGGAGGUAGUGAGAAUUCUUCCGGGAUUUUCACUGCUCCUGCUGUACAGCAGCCGAAUGGCAACCUGGGCGCCCAGAGUCAGUUGUAUGCAUACUUCUGA